AUGUUUGUUGAUGACAAUCUUAUCGACAUUCUUGCUGAACAAUCUAGUUUAUAUAGUUGCCAGUCAUCAGGUACAAGCAUUUGUGUCACAUCCAAUGAAAUAGAAUCGUUUAUUGGUGUUUAUUUUCGUAUGGGUCUUGUGAAACUACCAUCAGUGAGAUCUUAUUGGGAAACCUUUAUGAAUUAUGAUGGAGUAAGCUUAGUAUUAUCAAGGAAUAGAUUUCUUUCUAUUCUUCGCUAUUUACACUUUGUUGACAAUUUAAAAGUAACAGAUGAAGUAAAGAAAAAUGAUCGGGCCUGGAAAUUAAGACCUUGGUUGGAAAAACUGAGAGAAAAUUUCUUAAAAGUUUCUCCUGAAGAAAAUCAAUCAGUUGAUGAGAUAAUGGUUGCCUUCAAAGGAAGGUCAUUUUUGAAGCAAUAUGUCCCAAAUAAACCCAAUAAGUGGGGGUUUAAACUUUGGGGUAGAUGUGGUGUCAGCGGGUAUUUGUAUGACUUUGAUUUAUAUCAAGGAAAAGAAAUAAAAAAGAAAGAUGAAUAUUCUCCUCAUGGUAUUGGGGCAUCUGUUGUAAUCAAAAUGACCUCAACUUUGCCAGAAAAUCAUAAUUUUAAAAUAUUUGCUGAUAAUUAUUUUUCUUCUUUGCCUUUGCUAGAUGAACUGAAAAAGCGUCGAAUAUGGUAUGUUGGAACAGCACGCCUUAAACGCCUUAACAAAUGCUCAUUGCCUUCAGAAAAAGAAUUGAAAAAGCAGGGACGUGGAUCAUUUGACUAUCGUACUGACACCAUUUCUAAUAACAUAGCUGUUAGUUGGAUAGAUAACAAGGCAGUAACUUUAAUUUCAUCUUUUGCGAGUAUUGAACCAAUCAAUACAGUGAGGCGUUAUGACAGAAAAACCCGCAAAUAUAUUAUGGUAAAGCAACCUUACAUAGUCCAGUUUUAUAAUAAAAAUAUGGGUGGAGUUGACAAACUGGAUAUGAUGUGCUCAUUCUACAAACCAAAUUUGAAAUGCCAUAGAUGGUAUGUAUAUAUAUGGGCACAUACCCUUCUUAUUGCGUUAUCAAAUGCAUGGUUUUUGUAUCGUCGGGACUUAAAGUAA